AGGGUUUAAGAGACUGCUCAUUGGCAAUCAGCAGCUUUCUCCAAAGCCUCAAGCUUGAUCAGCAUCUAGGGUUUCCGAUCGCCGGCGAAAAGAGAAGACAAUGGGGCACUCCAACAUCUGGAACUCUCACCCUAAGAACUACGGUCCUGGAUCCCGCACUUGCCGUGUGUGCGGAAAUCCUCAUGGUAUAAUCAGAAAGUAUGGGCUAAUGUGCUGCAGACAGUGCUUCCGCAGCAAUGCAAAGGAAAUUGGCUUCAUCAAGUACCGUUAAAUCUCGACAAAGGGUGUGCCACAAUUUCGGAAUUAACCUAGUCUCUGCUAGGUUGUUUUUUGAAAUGUUAGCCAUAGCCAAUCAUCUGAGAAAUGUGUCAAUACAGUGAUUUUCCAAUCUGUGAUCGAAUUUGGAUUUAUAUCUGAACGAUCAGAUUAAUUUGGUUUCAUAGUAUUGACAUUUCUUACUUUUAUUUUCUCA